AUAAAAUGAAAAGCUCUCAAGGAAAAGGACACGGAUACCUCUCUGUUGCCGAUCUGGAAAAUGUUUUGAAUACUUGCAAACUACAACUGACCCAAAUAGAUGAAGUCUGGCCAAAUCUUUAUAUUGGAAAUGUGUAAGACAAUAGCGCAGAACAGAAGUGCCCUGCAGAAUUUAGGCAUCACUCACAUUUUAAAUGCUGCCCAUUCAAAGAAAGGAAGCAUAGGUGACCAGAAAUAUUACGGCGGCAACUUUGUCUAUUGUGGCAUCGCCGCAGACGACUCCUCCUACUUCGACCUGAACAUUUACUUCAGACCAGCAGCCGACUUCAUUCACAAGGCAUUAAAGGAAAAGGAUGGAGGAAGCGCAUGCAGAGAGAGGGAGAAGAGAAAGUCCACACACAGGAGCAUGAAGAUGGAGCUUUCCUGGAAACGGCAGUGCAUCACAGGGUCAGUUGACAUCCAGAGAUGGUGCCAGAGAAAUUCGGAGUUCACGUUCAUAUAUUAAAAUAGAAGACCCUGAGAAGCAAAUUGCAGCAUGUUCCCCGCUGGCGUGCAGCAGAGAAAACAAAGCAUUCACCGUGACGUACGGCUUCUUGGUCUACUCAAUAAUAUCUUGACCAGCAGGAUAUAAAGAAGCUGUCUUCCACAUUUCCGCUAUGCCAAGGGGGAGCAGGUACGAUGCCGUUCGCGGGGGGGGAAACGGCAGGUACGAGACACCCUCAGCCUAUGACCUGCAACGGCUGAUGUGGAAACAUAGCGGGACCAGCGCGCACCUGAACGAGGUCAGGCCCAGGAUAUACAUUGGAGACAUGUGGGCAGCCAAAGACAAACGGGCUCUCCAGUCUCAUAGCAUCACUCAUGUGCUGAAUGCGGCUGACGGGAAGUUCAACGUCUGUACGGGGGCAAGUUUUUACCGGGACACUGGCAUGGCCUACUUCGGCGUGGAGGCCUUCGACAUGCCUUCCUUCGAUAUCAGCCCCUUUUUCUACUCCGCAGCCAGAUUCAUCAAGGAUGCCCUGAGCGAUCCGACAGCCAGGGUCUUUGUCCACUGUGCCAUGGGCCUGAGUCGCUCCUCCACACUGGUGCUGGCGUACCUGAUGAUUCACGAGCACCUGACCUUGGUGGAGGCCAUCACAGCCGUCAGCGAACACAGGAACAUCUGCCCCAAUUCCGGCUUCCUGGAGCAGCUUCGCAAGCUCGACCAGCAGUUACAUUGCCUGGGGAAAUGAACUCCCUCCGAAAAAUGAUUAAGCGCUCGCCAGUUAAAGGCUAAUUUGUUGCCCCGGACAGUACAAAAUGCAUUAUAAAUAAAUCUGAAAUAAAGGGAUCCCAACUCAGGAAUACGAAAAGGUGUUCAUCCCCCAUCUUUGAAUGGCUAAGAAUGGGUGGUUGCUAGCUAAUUUAUUUUGUGCCUUGUCAGUAGUUUCGUAGAUUCUGGGUUAAUUGCCGAAAAGGGAAAUGAAAAUAGCUGCAGUUUCCCUUUCCUCAGCUAUCACCUUACUCACACAUUGGCUGUCAUUUCGUUUUAACCCACUGGACAAAUAAAGAACGAAAAGCUUUCCAGUUGUCCCGGUUUGUGUGACAAUUAGGGCGUAACCUCUAUGCUGAAUGGCAUAGAUACACAAUAAUGGCUCGAUUUUUACAAAGGUGAGGUGCUUAGCUAGAUAUUGUUCAAAGAUGGCUCCUGUUUUGGUUGAUCUCUUUUAACAAGCUAGUUGUCAACUCGUAACUUUAUUCAUCCUGGCACAUCAAGAUUGUUAAAUGUAUUUCAUCCCGAUAAUGUUAUAUAACCGGAAAUUAAAUGAAAAGCGCUCUCCAGCAGGCUCAAACCUGUCGUGGGUGGUUUCGGGUUUUUUUUUUCGGUCAGUUAUCUUUUGUUGCUUUGUUCUGUUAGUCGUACGCCCUGGAGGAGAAAGCCUUUUUGUAAAGACUUGUAGCUGUCAGUUAUUUCUAAAGGCUGAAAUUGCAACAAUGAUGCACUUGGCCUCCCUGAGCUAUUAGCUUUUCCUGUCGUAGAAACACGAUGCUCAGGUCUCACUGUGCUAAUGGUGUUUUUGCCGUGACAGCUUUUGUUUUCCUUUCUUGGUUUCUUGAAGUGUAAACCCGCAUUUACAUCAGUCCAUAAAACAUCUUUUCAUUAA